GCUGGGGUGUGACGGCCCCACCCUGACCGCAGGCCCCGCGCAGCCCCGGGUGGCACCAUGCUGACCGGGGUGGCCGAUGGCAUCUUCUGCUGCAUGCUGGGCGCCGCGCCCAACGCCGUGGGCCCGCUGGAGAGCGUGGAGUCGAGCGACGGCUACACCUUCGUGGAGGUGAAGCCCGGCCGGGUGCUGCGGGUGAGACACGCGGGCCCCGCGCCCGGCCCGGCCCUGCCGCCCCCCGACCAGGAGCCCCCGGCCCGGGAGCCCGGCCGCGCCGGGCUGGUGCGCUGCCAGCGCCGCAUCACCGUCUACCGCGACGGCCGGCUGCUGGUGGAGAACCUGGGCCGCCCGGCCCGCGCCCAGCCCGGGGAGCCGCCCGCCGCGCUGGAGGUGGAGCUGCCGGAGCCGCCGGGGGGCGCGGGGGGCGCGGGGGGCCGGCGGCGGCGGGCGCGGAGGCCGCGGCGCACCAUCCACAUCGACUGCGAGAAGCGGAUCACCAGCUGCCGGGGCGCGCAGGCCGACGUGGUCCUCUUCUUCAUCCACGGCGUGGGCGGCUCGCUGGCCAUCUGGAAGGAGCAGCUGGACUUCUUCGUGAGUCUGGGCUACGAGGUGGUGGCCCCCGACCUGGCGGGACACGGCGCCAGCUCCGCCCCGAAGGUGGCGGCCGCCUACACCUUCUACGCGCUGGCCGAGGACAUGCGGGCCAUCUUCAAGCGCUACGCCAAGAAACGCAACGUGCUGGUCGGACACUCGUACGGUGUGUCUUUCUGCACCUUCCUGGCACACGAAUACCCAGACCUGGUGCACAAGGUGGUCAUGAUCAACGGGGGCGGCCCCACGGCGCUGGAGCCCAGCUUCUGCUCCAUCUUCAACAUGCCCACCUGCGUGCUGCGCUGCCUCUCGCCCUGCCUGGCCUGGAGCUUCCUCAAGGCCGGCUUCGCCCGUCAGGGCGCCAAGGAGAAGCAGCUGCUGCGGGAAGGCAACGCCUUCAACGUGUCCUCGUUCGUGCUGCGGGCCAUGAUGAGCGGCCAGUACUGGCCCGAGGGCGACGAGGCCUACCACGCCGAGCUCACCGUGCCCGUCCUGCUGGUGCAUGGCGCGCAAGACCGACUGGUGCCCGUGGAGGAAGACCAGCGCAUGGCCGAGAUCCUGCUGCUGGCUUUCCUCAAGCUUAUCGACGAGGGCAGCCACAUGGUGAUGCUCGAGUGUCCGGAGACAGUCAACACCCUCCUGCACGAGUUCCUGCUGUGGGAGCCCGAGGCCCUGCCCGAGCCCCCCGCCGCGGCCCCCGAGGACACGGAGGACAACGACGACAAGUAGCUGCCGGGCAGCCGUCCAGCAUCACAUAGGCCGCGGCUGGGCCCCCACCUCGAGGCCCGGGUCCGAGGAUGACGAGGGGGCCCCAGACCGACGGGGCAGACGUUUCGGGAGCCUGGUUGGGGAGCCCCCUUCUGCUGCUCUCUCUGCUUGUGCAUCCCGCCGGGGUGCCGGCAUUCGGGGGAGCCCCACAGGAGAUGACCUUGUACAGAAGCCCCCUUGUCCCCACCCGCUGUCUUCUGGUUCAGCUGCGCUUGGCCCUGAGACCCAGGCCCCCCCCACUGCUGAGAUGACCCCCCUACUGCUCAGAGCCCAGGAGGGGGGAGGGCCCGAGGGCGGAGGUGGAGACCCCCCAGCCACCCAGCCUGCAUAUGUCAAACUCGUCAAUUCAAUAAACACAGGUGACAAUCUCA